CCUGGGGGCGAGCAGCGACUGCGCCUUCUUGCCGCGGCACGGCGAGCGCCGCCAGCCUCUGAGUUUUCCUGGAGCAGCUUUCGCACCGGGAACACUUUUGGUAGAAAGGGAGCAGGACAAGACCCCGAAAUGACUUACCUCCCGAGGCACGGCUGAAGGGGACUUACUGGAGUGGAGUCGUAGUGGAAUUUGGGUUUGGAGAGGAGUUGCGAACGCUUUUUUUCUUUUUCUUUUUCUUUUUUUUUUUUUUUUUUUUUUUUUUUUCCGCACUCCUGUUCCCUCUUUUCGCCCGUCAUUGGAAAUGAACAAAUUGCACUUGCAAUUCAGAAAGUAGAAAUAUUAAAUAUUCCAUCCCCUGGGAAGCACAUAUGUAGUAAUGACAAAGGAUUGCAAAGGAGAGAGUGGCUCCAGUUUCCCAGAGAGAUCCCCUUAAAUGGAUUACUAAAUGGGACACACCAUCAGCUAGUUCUGUCCCUAGCUGCCCAGAUAGAUGCACCGAAAAGUGUGAAGUGAAGAAGUCUCCCAGCUGAACUACUAUGAGGUCAGAAGCCUUGCUGCUAUAUUUCACACUGCUACACUUUGCUGGGGCUGGUUUCCCAGAAGAUUCUGAGCCAAUCAGUAUUUCGCAUGGCAACUAUACAAGACAGUAUCCGGUGUUUGUGGGUCACAAGCCGGGACGGAACACCACGCAGAGGCACCGGCUGGACAUCCAGCUGGUCACGGUCAUGAACAGAACCCUCUACAUUGCUGCUAGGGACCAUAUUUAUACAGUUGAUAUGGACACAUCACAUACAGAAGAAAUUUAUUUUAGCAAAAAACUGACGUGGAAAUCUAGACAAGCUGAUGUAGACACAUGCAGAAUGAAGGGAAAACAUAAGGAUGAAUGUCAUAAUUUCAUUAAGGUUCUCCUAAAAAGAAACGAAGAUACUCUGUUUAUCUGUGGAACAAAUGCAUUCAACCCUUCUUGCAGGAACUACAAGGUGGAUACACUGGAGUUCCUGGGUGAUGAGUUCAGUGGAAUGGCCAGGUGCCCCUACGAUGCAAAGCAUGCCAACGUUGCAUUGUUCGCGGAGGGAAAGCUGUAUUCUGCCACAGUGACUGACUUCCUAGCAAUAGAUGCAGUCAUAUACCGGAGCCUUGGAGAAAGCCCAACUCUGCGGACAGUGAAACAUGACUCAAAGUGGUUGAAAGAACCAUACUUUGUCCAGGCAGUGGACUACGGCAAUUAUAUUUACUUCUUCUUCCGGGAAAUAGCAGUGGAGUACAACAGCAUGGGAAAGGUAGUUUUCCCGAGGGUGGCUCAGGUUUGCAAAAAUGAUAUGGGAGGAUCUCAGAGAGUGCUGGAAAAACAGUGGACUUCCUUCCUCAAGGCUCGUUUGAACUGCUCAGUUCCGGGUGAUUCACACUUCUACUUCAACAUACUGCAGGCAGUUACAGAUGUUAUCCAUUUCAAUGGCCGGGAUGUUGUUUUAGCAACUUUCUCCACUCCAUAUAACAGCAUCCCUGGCUCUGCAGUCUGUGCCUAUGACAUGCUUGACAUUGCCAGUGUAUUCACUGGGAGAUUCAAGGAACAAAAGUCUCCAGACUCCACAUGGACACCGGUUCCUGAUGAAAGAGUGCCCAAACCCAGACCAGGUUGUUGUGCUGGUUCUACAUCAUUAGAAAAAUACUCAUCCUCUAGUGAGUUCCCAGAUGAUACUCUGAACUUCAUCAAAACACACCCACUGAUGGAUGAGGCUGUACCUUCCAUUGUCAAUCGACCCUGGUUCCUGAGAACGAUGGUCAGAUACCGCCUGACCAAAAUUGCUGUCGAUUCUGCUGCUGGGCCAUAUAAGAACUACACUGUGGUUUUCUUGGGAUCAGAGAAGGGAAUCAUCCUGAAGUUCUUGGCACGGACAGGAAACAGCGGUUUCCUAAAUGACAGCCUUUUCCUGGAGGAGAUGAACAUCUACAAUCCUGAAAAGUGCAGUUACGAUGGCAUGGAAGACAAGCGUAUUGUGGCCAUGCAGCUUGACAAACCCAGCAGCGCCCUUUACGUUGCCUUCUCCACCUGUGUCAUCAAGGUUCCCCUGGGGCGGUGUGAGCGUCAUGGCAAAUGCAAAAAGGCCUGCAUAGCAUCCAGAGACCCCUACUGCGGCUGGGUGAAGGAGAGUGGGGCAUGCACACAGCUGGUCCUUGGUGCUAAGCUGGUGUUUGAGCAGGACGUAGAACAUGGCAAUACAGAUGGCCUGGGGGACUGCCAAAAUUCCUUCGUAGCCCUGAAUGGACAUUCCAGUUCACUAGUUCCAAGCACCACCUCUUCCGACUCUUGGGCUCGACAGGGUUAUGAUGCUAGGGGACGCAUGCUGGAUUGGAAGGAUCCGCUUGGUUCAUCCGAAAAUACAGAUCCAUAUGUGGCAGUUUCAUCCCAUAAUCAUCAAGACAAGAAGGGAGUGAUUCGUGAGAGUUACCUGAAGGGUCAUGAUCAGCUGGUGCCGGUCACCCUGUUGGCCAUUGCAGUAAUUCUAGCUUUUGUAAUGGGGGCCGUCUUUUCGGGCAUCGUAGUGUACUGUAUCUGUGACCAUCGCCGCAGAGAUGUGGCUGUUGUGCAGAGAAAGGAGAAGGAACUGACCCACUCCCGCCGCGGCUCCAUGAGCAGUGUUACCAAGCUCAGUGGCCUCUUUGGAGAUGCUCAGUCCAAAGAACCAAAGCCUGAAGCUAUCCUCACACCUUUGAUGCACAAUGGCAAGCUGGCCACACCAGGCAGCACUACCAAGAUGCUAAUCAAGGCUGACCAGCACCAUCUGGACCUGGCUGCCCUGCCAACCCCAGAGUCCACCCCAACCCUGCAGCAGAAAAGGAAGCCCAGCCGUGGCAGUAGAGAGUGGGAAAGAAACCAGAACCUCAUCAAUGCCUGCACAAAAGAUAUCCCCCCAAUGGCCUCACCCGUGAUCCCAACUGACCUGCCACUCAGGGCUUCUCCUAGCCACAUUCCCAGUGUUAUGGUUCUGCCCAUUGCCCAGCAAGGCUACCAACACGAGUAUGUUGACCAGCCAAAAAUAAGUGAUGGGGCUCAGAUGUCUGUGGAGGACCAGAAUGCCACCCUUGAGUACAAAACCAUCAAGGACCAUCUCAGUAGCAAAAGCCCCAGCCAUGGGGUUAACCUGGUGGAAAAUCUUGACAGCAUGCCGCCAAAGGUACCUCAGCGGGAAGCCUCGCUCGGGCCGCCGAGCACCUCCCUGUCUCAGAGUGGCCUGAGCAAGCGGCUAGACGUGCAUUCUUCUGCUUACAACGUGGACUACAAGAGAAACUACCCUACAAACUCGCUCACAAGAAGUCACCAGGCGUCGACCCUCAAAAGAAACAACACCAACUCCUCUAACUCAUCACACCUCUCUCGAAAUCAGAGCUUCGGCAGGGGUGACAACCCACCGCCAGCUCCGCAGCGGGUGGACUCCAUACAAGUCCACGCUGCACAGGCACAGGCCAUGACUGUAUCACGACAGCCGAGUCUCACCACGUACAACUCUCUGACCAGGUCAGGGUUGAAACGCACGCCCUCGCUAAAGCCAGACGUACCUCCCAAACCUUCCUUUGCUCCGCUCUCCACGUCCAUGAAGCCCAAUGACGCGUGUACAUAAUCACAGUGGGGUGGGUGGGGGGAGAACGGCAGUUAAGCAGAAGUUGCCCUUGAAAGAGAGUGUUCUGCAACUGCUCCUUUGAGAAGAUGGUUGUUGCAAGCUGAGGACGUGUUUGUUUCUGCUCUCUGGGAAAAGUGGAAUAUUUUUUUAACCCGAGCCAUAUGACCUAUGGUUGAAGGUUUGCAAUCGCAGGACUCGCCCCCACAGCCCUUCAGUUCUUUGCUCAAAGGACUAGCUCUCCAUCACAAACAUUGAGCCAAAAGCACACAGGUGAAAGAUGACUGUGAUGUUUCACCCCUCCCCUCCCCCUCAAACUGCACAGUGCAUUCCUGAACUGGGAAAGAGUGCUCUGGAAAGCAAAACCAGUAAUUGAAAACAAAAUAAAAAUAGGAAGAAAAAAAAAAAAAAGAAAAAGGAAAAAGAAAAAAAAGAAAGAAAAAAGAAUCCAUUGAUAAAGCUAACUCUGACUUAACAAUGGCAGAAGUUUACUAAAUGCAGGUACUGUGAAAUGCCCAUCAGUGUUACAGCCAUUUGGUUACAGCAGUUAUAAUGCCGUGCUGGGCAAACUAUGUCAUAGAUUUCUGCUACCUUUCUCUUUUAAUGAGUAACGUGACUGUUAACGCAAGUAACUCCUCUUAUUUAUUGUUCAACUUUUGUUUUUCCUAAGGAAAUGACUUCCGCAUAUCAUCCUGUGAGCAGUUCUUCAGAGAAGUACCUUGAAAGUUAUACCUAUUUAACGUGAAACCCGUUAACUGGAGUAAUUAAAACUUUUAUUUUUCCAAUAAAUUCACUGAGUUAAUUAAGUUGGAGCUGGAAUUCUGAACUUUGUGCCUGGACUGUCUGAUUAGCUGAAAAAAAAAGGGGAUAUCUAUUUAAAUCUCUCAGCUAAUUAGCUGGCUUGGCCUCUGACCUAAGACAGCGACAAAUACCACAGGUUCAUAACUUGUAACGCAACUGCAAGAGAAACUCUUUAAAAGCUGCACAUUUGUGCGCCAUUGCUAUCAACAUAGCUUUGUCAGUAGCUAAUUCUUUCCGUGACGGCACCAGCUUGUGAAUUGCCAUCUCAUUUCACCUUGCAUGUGAGACGGCAAACGAAAUCCUCAAACAGUGUGAACUAAUUAAUAUGCCGGCUGUUACCAUGCAUAAAUUAUGGUCUUAUCACACGGGUUUUUCGUGGGAAUAUAUCUGUGAAUAGCCUGUUUUCUUCCACAUGUAAAUUUGUGCCUUACACCCUCAGUUGUGUAUAAUUGUGAGCUGUAGUAUGUAAAAAACCUUUUUCUUUUUCCCCUCGGAGUAAUGCAAAUAUUUAUUGGUCCUCCCUCCUCCGCGCCCGCUCGAGAACUGGAGCAAGGCAUUCGAAGAAGAAUGCGGCGGCUAUCAGCAUCACCCCACAACCGUUGCUAGACCAGGCCAGUGCCAUCCCCUCUGUGUCGGUUCCACUUUCCAGCCGUGCCAAGCCCUCUCCCCAGAGCACUCUCCCUCCGCGCUGCCUUGCAGCUCCGUGCCUCCCCCCGCCCUGCGACCGCUCUCGUGGCAGCAGAGGAGACACCAACACCUUGUCCUUGGGGACAGCAUUGUCGUCCAUCUGCAGACAGGCAUCGGGGCAAGAGGGGCCGCGCCUGCAAGCAGCCCGGCAGCAUAUCCUGCAUCGCGCCGGGCAUGCGGAGCUAAGCCGGGUGGGCAGACUCCUGCUGCAGCGACCUGCUGCUCCGGAAGGAUGCUGCAUGUACUCCCCUGGGG